AUGGUCUCAGCCACCACCCGAGCCAUCCCGUCACGACAACGGCGUCGUUGCCGUCAUCGGAUGCGGUCAGAUGGGCAGCGGCAUCGCACAGGUCCGGUGUGCCUUGCCUCUGGCUACAGUGUCAAUCUUUAUGGAAGAAGUGAAGAGACACGUGUAGCGGCUAAGAACCAAAUACGUCGCGGUUUGGUCAAGAAUGCUCAGAAGAAGCGUGGCGAUGAGGUUUCUCCUGUGGACACGGUGGAACAAUCUGUCGACAUCCAGAUGAGACAGCUAACGCUCUGCGCGGACAUUCGGAGUGCUGUGGCCAACGCCAUCUACAUUAUUGAAGCGAUUGUAGAGAAGAAGGAAGCCAAGGAAGCAGUCUUCGCGGAGGCUCAAAACCAUUGCCCAUCGUAA